AUGGAUACCAUGGUCAAGGAGAAGGAAGCCGCCACUAAUCGGGCCAAUUCUCUCGAAGGCGAAGCUCAAGAGUUCGAGAAAUCCGCCGCUAAGUUCGAAAAAGAAGUCUCCGAAAUCCAGCGAAAGAUCGCCAAAGUGGAGGAUGACCUUGAUAUCACCAUCUCGGUCACCAAGGACACAGCCGAGAAGCUUGAGCUUGCUGAUAAGGAAGCCGUCGAUGCCGAAUUGCAGGCCGGCGCUCUGAAACGAAGACUUGCUCUCCUCGAGGAAGAAACCAUGCGAAACAAGGAGCGACUUCAGGAGAACAUCGAAAAGUGCAAAACUAUCGAGUCUUCUGGGCAGGAAAACGAAGAUGCGCGAAAAGCCGGUGAAGCGCGAUCUUUCGCCGCUGAAGAGUCUCUCGAGCAGAUGGAGACUCAGCUCGAAGAAGCCAAUGAAGUGGCUAAAAUUUCCAACCAAAAGUUCGAAGAUGCCUCACGAAAACUCAAAGUCGUCGAGGGCGAUUUGGAGCGAGUCAUCGAGCGAGCUGAAGAAUUUGAAACUAAAGCCAGGGAACUCGAGACUCAGAUCCGAGAAAUGGAAGCAAAGGUCAAGGAAACCGAAGCCAUCACAAUCAAGAACGGCGAGGAGGAAGAAAAGUUCGAAAGCAAGAUCGCCCGCCUACAGGAAGAAUUCAAAACUCAGGAUACCCGAGCAGAGUUUGCUGAACGAUCCGUCGACAAGCUUGAGUCUUCCAUCGAUGGUCUCCUCGAGGCUCUUAUGAACGAAAAGAUGAACUACCGAUCAAUCUCCGAGAAGCUCGACAAAACACUUAAUGAAAUGAUGUCUAUGCAGUAG